CCCCCCCGGGAGUGAACCAGGCAGAGCCCUGGUCAGAGCAGUGCAGGCUGCAGAUGACGCCACCUGGACCGACAGUGCCCUCGAGUUCAUGCUGGAAUGUGUGCGGACCUGUACAAGUACACAGAGCGUGGUAUGAGCCAGCCGGCACGCCCUGGAGGCUGUCUGAACCCCGAAGGGUUGGACCUCAAGGUUCGUCACUUGAACGACGUACUCUGCAAUGUGUGUCACGUUACCCCUUUCUCAGCAAAAGGAACUUUACACAUGGGAUUAAGUUAAAGAUCCUGAGAUGGAGAGAUUAUCCUGGGUGAUCCAGUGGGCCCAAUGUUAUCGUAAGUUUCCUAUAAGAUAGACGCUGAAGGUUCAGAGUCAGAGAAGCAGACAUUCUGACGGAAGCCGAGGGUGGAGUGGUGGGGGUCUCAUGCCGGUGGCACAAGGCAAGGAAGUGGAGUCUGCCUUGGAGCUUCCGAAGGCAUGAAGCCCUGCUGACGCCUUGACUUUGGCCCAGCAAACCUAAUUUCGGAUUUCCAACCUCUAGAACCGUAAGACUGGAGUAUGUCCCCACUCCUCCGUGUGACCCGAAGGGGAGCGUCCAGGUUGAAAAAGCUUUGAACUGAGCAGGAUGUAAACCUUGGUCACAGCUGGACCAGAAAUUGCCCCCCAAGAGGACCAGUGCUGUGACCAUGGUGGGCAGUUGCUUCCCUCAGGGCAGGGCUGGAGCUGUGGAUCCAUGGGGCUGAGAGGCAAGGGCGACCUGGGAUCCAGCCCGGUGGGCCCUGCCAUGGGCCCUGCCCUCAGCAGGUGAGGGGACGAGGUGCCACCAAGCUCCCCUUGCCGUUUUGCUUUUGGUUCACUCUCUUUUUCAGCAGGUUCUUCCCCUUUCCCAAUAACUUUGCAACCCAAAAUGAAGAAGUGGCAGAGGAAGGAAGCAAAUAACAAAAUACAGAUGGGAAGUGACCGUAUCGAGGCCGGGAGCUCCUAGGCCAGAUGUCAGAAGAUAAGGAUCUGGACAUUCCGGGGCUGGGGAGAUUGGACCGCCAGUCUGCUUGUAGCUCCGCCCCCUCUCUGCCUCAGGGCUUCAAACUAGGAAGUAUCUAGGAGAUGAAAAAGGAAGUAGGUGAGAGACAGAAACACAUAGGAAACUUGAGCAAGUAGAAAGUGGACACCGCAGUCUCUGUCGCAAACACCUGGAUUACAGCGGGGACCUGGAUUUGCUGGGGACGCCAGCCAGAGAGACAGGACCAUGUGGCUGUCCCCAGUUCUGCUCCUUCUCUGCCUCUCAGGCUCUUUGUCCCUGACGGGCCCCAGCUCUGUGACGGGCACCUUGGGUGGCUCUCUGAGUGUGCAGUGUCAGUAUGAGGAGGUAUACCAGAGGUAUAGCAAAUACUGGUGCCGAGGACAGUAUGGCGCAACAUGUGAGAAGAUCGUGGAGACCAAGGGAGAAGAGAAAGAAGAGAGGAGUGGGCGUGUGUCCAUCAGAGACCACGCUGAUAACCUCACCUUUAUAGUGACCAUGGAGAACCUCACUGCAGACGAUGCUGGAUCCUACUGGUGUAGAAUUCAGACACUAUGGCUCCUGGAUGUGUGGUCACGUGACCCUUCAUUCCACGUUAACGUGUUUGUUUCCACAGGCUCUUUGUCCCUGAUGGGCCCCAGCUCUGUGACAGGCACCUUGGGUGGUUCUCUGUGUGUGCAGUGUCGGUACGAGGAGGUAUACCAGAGGUAUAACAAAUACUGGUGCCGAGGACAGUAUGACACAACAUGUGAGAAGAUUGUGGAGACCAAGGGAGAAGAGAAAGAAGAAAGGAGUGGGCGUGUGUCCAUCAGAGACCACGCUGAUCACCUCACCUUUAUAGUGACCAUGGAGAACCUCACUGCAGACGAUGCUGGAUCCUACUGGUGCAGAAUUCAGACAGUAUGGCUCCUGGAUGUGUGGUCACAUGACCCUUCAUUCCACGUUAACGUGUUUGUUUCCACAGCACCAAGUAAAACCACAGGGAGGACCACAUGUCAGGCUGUACCUGCUGCCUUUCCGGGGCUGAACACCAAGCAGAACCUCAGCACGGAGGAGCUGUUGACCUGCUGCUCAGGGUCCUUGCUUAGCAGUGUCCACUUCCUGCUCCUGGUCUUCUUGAAGCUUCCCCUGUUCCUGACAUUGGUUGGUGCUGUCCUCUGGGUGAACAGGCCUCUGAGGGGCUGUGGAGGAAUAAAGCCGAAGGAAGAUAAUCCACAAUGUAGUGCACCGUCCCCAGGAAGGCCCUGUCCAGGAACGUAGCCCCUUGGACUGGACAAGAGAGAUGUUCAAACUCCAGACUCCUGGGCAGGGGGAGCUGCUGUGCCUGGAUCCUGGAGGGACCCAGGUCUUCUUGGGGGUAGGGGUCCUGUGUCUCGAGGGAGAAUCCUGGUUCUCAGAGGACAUUUGCUCCAAAUCCUCAGGUGCAGGAAGAAUGAGUCUCCCGGGCUCAUGCUCGAGGGUCCUCCGUUCUCCACCCCCGAUCCGCUAGCUCCUUGCCCUCAUGCCUACCUCCCAAGGGCAAGAAUUUCUUGCCACAAAAGCUUCUGGGUUCAGUGUUCCCCCAGGGCAAUAACCACCUCCUUCCUGCAGCCAGGAGGCUCCCUGGGAUGGCAUGUUGCCACAGCCACCAUGGGGCACACCAGUCCUGGGAAGGACUCAGGUGGUUUUGAGUGCAUGUCAAUGUGCAGGGAGGAACACAGUCUGUCACAAGCACGCGUCUCCAGCUCCACUCAGCUCCUUGCAUCUAGACCAGCCCUCUCGUCUCCGCCACGCAAAGCCAGUGAUGCCAGUUUCCAGAAAACACUCGAGUUCCUCAGUGCUGCAUUUACAGGCAGAGAGGCCAUGCUUAGAACCUGAGCUCCGGUGUGGCUUCUGUUAGGGGAGGACACCUCGUGACACCUUCCAGGAGAGCUGGCACUGGUCCAGGACUCCAACCAAGGAGAAAUUCAGCCAAAGAGGCACAUACGGGCCAUGUGAUAAAACACACACAAGGCGAUGUAGGAAACACAACGCUGGGCAAGAGAGAAGCUUGUGAUGUACUUUAUUCUUUCUCAAACUCAUUUUUAAGUACUCUAGUUUUGUCACCUUGCCGUGUAAAUGUUAGAGGAAGCCUGUCUUUCUCUACCAAGACAGUCUUGCUGGGAUUUUGAUAGGAAUCGUGUUAAACUUACAGAUUGAUAUUGGGAGAACUGACAUCUCUCCUGUGUUGAUAAUGUGGUACCUCUCGCAAUUUGUUUAAAUAGUUCUUGUCAUCGGUCAUCAGAGUCUUGUAAAUUUCAGUACAUGGAUGCUGCAUAUAUUCCGUUAGAUCUGCAGCCCGUGUUUCUUCUUCUUGUCCAGCAGCUGGGACUAGCACCGUGUGUUUCAAUUCAGUUUCUACAGGCUCGUUGCUAGUAUAGAAAUAGGACUCUGUGUGUGUGUGUGUGUGCGUACAUGUAUGUGUGUAUGUUUGUGUGUGUAUAUGUGUAUGUGUGUCUGUAUUGAUCUUUUCUCCUGUAGCUCAUUAAACUCAUUUUUAAAUUCUA